AUGAAACUUUUCGCAGCUCUUUUCGCGGCCGCUUUCGGUCAAGAAAUGCCCGCUGAUUCUGGCGAAACGAAUAUUAUUAUGAUCAAUAUGAACGCAGCAAAUAUUCAAAUGAACAUGGGCGAUUUUGCUGGAUCCGAAGUACCGAAUCUUGAGUCUCCCGGAAUUUCCUUCGAUUUAUUCGGCGAACUGACUGAAGAAGAAAAAGCGCAAGUCAACAGCCUUUUCUCUAAUUCGGAGAUUCAAGACGGUCUCCAGCUCUUGACUGGCAAGCUACCCGGCUUCUCUUCCUUCUACGAUGCGCUUUACCCAGCAGAAUCGACUACAACAACUACUCAGCAGACUACUACUACUCAAGAAUCCGCUGGAAUGGGAAAAUAA